AUGGAUUACACGGAUAUAUACCUGCGCCAAAGGCGAAGGGACGAGACCACAGCACGUCCCCCGACACGGCCGGUGGAGAUGGAAAACGUACCUGAACAGCGGGUCGAGCACAUGCUACAAGGCGCUUUUUCUGUUCAACAGCUUGUAAAUCAAAUAGAAGAACUAUCGUCUCGUGUAGAUGCGUUUGAUGAAAAAAUGGUGAAUCUUACCAAAUUGGUCAAAUUGGCCCAAGGGCUACAAGAGGAGAAGGAGACUGAUCUUCGACGUCAACAACAGGAGUUGCGCUCACGGUUGAAACGACAGGAGCAAGUUAUGUCCCGACUACAAGAAGAAGUUGAUACGCUGAAGGGAAAGGUACCAACAUCGAUACGGGAAGCGAUGACGGAGUUUCGACAAGAAGUCGUGAACGAUAUGACCCAAAUGCGGAAGCAGAGUGAAGAGCAGUUAAGAGAUAUGAAAAUAGAUUUUGAGCGACGUUUGGACUCAGUUCGUAGGGGCCUUGAACAGAGCGUGCAAACUACCCAGAAGGAAGCUUCCACCAUGGCAACUUCUCACUCAGAGGCUCAAACUGCCCUUCGUGAACGACUGUGUCUCAUAGAAAAGACUUUACAGGCGCUUGAAGCAUCUACAGUAAAUGAAUAUUCUAGAUUAAUACCACUUGAAACGAACAUUCAACACAUGUCGGAGUCGCUUCUCUCAUUGCAGGAAAAAGCGGAUGGAACUGCCACUGCAGUGUCAGCUCUCAGAGAGGAACGAGAAAGGUCUCAGGGUGUUAUGAUGGACGAAAUGGAAUCGACGCGACAGUGGGCAACAAGAAAUCUUCAGCGUGUAAAACAGCACGUGGAGGCGCUUUCGAUGGAUUUUGCACAGCUACGAAAUGAGCAGGUUGAUUUUUCAGCGCGCCUUAAUCGUGUCAGUUGUCAAGCUGAUGUGGAAUACAAGAAACUCCGAGCCCUUUUGUUGCAGAAGGCGCGUGAGGCCGAUGCGCUUUGCAACAUGGUUGGGAAGGAGAUGGGCAAAGUGGAAGAUAUGGCAGAGAAGCACCAAGCACUCCGUUCAGAUUCUUGCGCCCUCAAGAGUAUGGCCUUUUAG